AUGUUAAAAAAGCGUUGUUGCUGUUGUAUUAAGUAAAGUUAUUAUUUAGUUCAACUUCUAAAUGUAUAGAAAUCUUUAGUUUAAGAGCCUUGCUUGCUUAAAGACUUAGAGUACAAAUGCUAUAUCUUCAAUAAUGUGCUAAAUGUAACUUUAAAUUAGACCUUUUAGAGUUAAUCUUAAUAAUAAUACACUGAUGCAGAAUAUUUCAUUCCUGUAGACGACUAUGUUUGCUUAGAAUCUUUUGAAGCGAAAUAUAAUGGCAAAACGGUAAAAGGAUUAGUAACAGAAAAAGAAGCAGCAAAAAAAGAAUACAAAGAGAAUAAAUAGUAAGGAAACUUAGUCUCUUAUGCAAGCAUUGAAAAUAAAACAAAAUCAGAUUAAGUGGUAAUAAAACUUGGAAAUAUUCCUCCAUAAGAAUAAAUAGAAAUACAAAUUAAAUUUUCCUAAUAGCUUAAUAUGAUUUUAAACAAAUAUUAUACAGCAUUCAUUCCUAUUUAGCAUUUCGAGGAGAUAAUUUCAGCUGAAAUGAAUAAACCUAAGCUCACAUUAGAAUUGCUUUGUACAGGAAAGAUUAAAUUUGCUUAAACUAAAGGAAUUCUCACAGAAAAAAAAAUUAUCAACGAAAACACAAUUAUUUUCAAUUUGAGUGAGUCUAUUGUCAAAAAUGAUUAAAAUAAAAUGAAUUUACAAUUUAUUUACUCUUAUGAGGGAAUGUUUGAUCCUUAAGUAAUAUUAGGAUCAACUAUGAUGAAUAAUCAUGCUGCUUAAAAUAAUAAAAUUUAAGAAAAAAGAUAAUCAGCGCUAGUGUCAUUUAUUCCAAACUUUAAUUCAGAGAUAUCAUAAGAAAUUGAUGACUCUAUGCAAGCAGCUUUAAAUGAUGGAAAUGAUUAUUUAUCAGAUGAAUUUUAGUAGAAAAUAAAUUAAGAGCUAAUUGAUCAUUCGGAAUCUUCAAGAAGUGAAUUUAUAUUUUUAUUAGAUAGAAGUGGAUCUAUGAAUGGAAGGCCAAUAAAAAAAGCCACAGAAGCUCUUAAUUUAUUUCUAAAAAGUCUUCCACCUAACAGCUAUUUUAAUGUAUAUAGUUUUGGAACUAGAUAUGUACCAAUGUUUCCGAAUUCUGUCUAAUACACAGGAAAAUCUUUAGAAAUAGCUUUGAAAAAAGUUAAAAACUUUAAGGCUAAUCUUGGUAGAACAGAUAUUUUAAGUCCUUUAACAAACAUCUUUGAAGUUUAAGAAAAAAUAAAUGGCUACAACAAAUAAAUAUUUUUACUAACUGAUGGAGGAGUAAAAAACCGUGACAAGGUUAUUCGUCUAAUUAAAAAAAACAAUAAAAAUAGCAGAAUUAACUCCAUAGGGUUUGGCUCUGGAGCCGAUUAGCAUUUAAUAAAUACAAGUGCCAUAGCAGGUAAAGGGAUAUCUAAAAUAAUAGAUAUGGAGGAAGAUUUAUCAGAAGUAGUAAUAGAAAUGCUAGGAAAUUGUAUAACGCCUAGUCUUGAUGAUUUCAGUAUUUCUUAUGAUACUUCAGUAGUUGAAUCUACCUUCCCUGCUUCUACUAACUUCCCGAGCGUUUUUAAAGAUGAUAUAAUAAAUAUUCACUUUUUCUUCAAACCAAAAAUUGAAAUAUCAAAUUUGACUGAAAGCCAAAGACUAGUAAAAAUUUAAUAUUAUGAUUCAAAAUAAAAAUAGUAAAUUUAAAAAGAAAUCAAAUUAGAUGUUCCUGAUGCUUUUAUCUCUAAUGAAAGUCUUUAAGAGUCUAUUUUUAAAUUAGGAAAGAAUAUGCAAUUAAACGAAAUUUUUGUUUGCGAAGAAGAAGAUAAUGAGAAUAGAUAUUUACAACAAGCUUUAGAUUAUUAAUUAUUAACUGAAAAAACUGCUCUCAUUUGUGUUAUAUAAGAGGCAAAUGAUGCUCAAAAAGUGUAAAUUUAAACUUAAUAAAAUUAAAUAGAAGAAAAAAAAGGAUUUUUAAAAUCUUUAUAAAAAUAAUAUAAACCUGGCAAACCAAGUUUAGAUUAAAAAGACAAAAUCUUUUCAAAAUUGAAAAGAGGUCGUGAUAUUAAGAUUUCUUAACCAAAAAUGAAGAUGUGUGCAAAAAAAAAAGUAAAAGGUGUAGAUGAAGAAUUUGAAAAAGAAUUCGAAGAAGAUUUUGAUUAUGACAAACCCAGAAAGAGAAAAAGUGAGACAAAAUCUAUUAAAAUAGAAUAAAAAAUAGUUUCUAAAUUAAAAAAUAACCAAGAAAAUAAUGAAAAUAUUCUAUGUUCUAACUAAAUAUUUGAAGAAAUACUUAAUUUGGUUGAUCAUUUAGGUAUUUGGAAGUAUGAAAAGAAUUUGAUAGAUAAAUAUCUUUCAAAUAAGAAAGACGGGAAUAAAAAGUUUGAAGAUUUAUCUUUUAAUUUUACUAAUAAAGAUGCUCUUAUGACAUUAUUUAUACUAUGCAUUCUUGAACUCUUCCAAACCCAUAAUAAAUCAAAAUGGAUUUUGAUAUUUAAAAAAUCGCUGGCUUUUGUUAAAAAGAAUAUCAAGCAAAACAAAAAAAUUGAAGACAUUCAAGAAAGUUUAAAAUAAAUAAUUUAAUGA